CUGCCUAUCGAUAUCGGUGUUCCUAGCAGGAGAAGUUUUUACUAAAAAUUAAAAAAGAAAUUAAUCAAUUAAAAUGAACCGAGUUAAGACCACACAAUCUAAGACAGGCGAAAUCAUCGCUUACAGCGAGGGCGCUAUCCGGAACAACAUAUCCGCCGUGGAGUACUGUCGGACAUCUAUGGCUGCCAUCUCCGGAUGCGCUGCUGGUAUUCUGGGUCUUAGUGGAACCCUUGGCUUCUUGUUCUACUUCCUGUCCGUAUUCGUUCUUUGGAUCCUGGUGCUCCUGAAAUCAGGCACCCAGUGGCGCAAGUUCUUCAUCAACCGCAGAAAUCUGCUGACCAACCAGUUCAUGGGCGGCCUUUGCACCUACGUGCUCUUCUGGACAUUCCUUUACGGCAUGGUUCACGUGUAUUAGCGCAUUUACAAAACAAUCACAUAUAUAGAGAAAUAAACAUAGGAUCUUUGGUUUAACACAA